AUGAUGAAGAUAAUGGAUGCCGUGCGCCAGCUUCGCAAGAGCGACGGCGAAGCCGACACCGAAGCCGUCGUCGACGCGCUUAACACGAUAGCGGCGCCUGGCAUUGGGACCUUCUCGGAUGCCCUCACGGUGCUCAACGCGGGCAACAAACCGACCUAUGCCGGGCAGGGUAAGGGCGUCAAGGGGCUCGGCAAGACGGAAUUUGCCAAGCUUCGUCUCGCCAGUGCGCUCGUGGCGCGCGGGUUCAAGCCGGAGAAGUUUGUCGCCGGCCUGUUCCCGGACACAUGGGAGGAGGGGAUGAAGAAGGCGUUGGCCGACCUGGCCCGCGGAAAUGACGCCGGGAAGCUGCCUCCGACCAAGAAGUCGACCAAGCGCAAGAAGACCGCGUGA